AUGCCCCGCGUUCCGUUUGACGAAAGUUUACAUCCUGCUUCUUCCGUCGUGCCUACCGCUUUCAAAAAUCUCACUGCUGACGAGGCACUCUCAGCUGCUCGAUCCUUUGCUGGUGAAUACUACUCACAGUCUCCACUCACCUCCAUCGUCCCUCACGAUGACCAAGGUUGUGGUAGCUCUACUUUCGUUGUAAUCUACGCAGACGGAACCAAAGCCGUAAUCCAACUUCACGAUAGCCCUGCGACUCAAACGUAUCAUGCAUACGGGUAUGCCUUGAAUCGACGGGUAUCGGUGGAGUCCGUUUUGACUUCUCUCGAGGACGACAUAGGUGUCACUCAGCAGUUGGGGGAGAUAUUGACAAAACUAAAGUUAGACCUCCCAAAUGACGAUGUUGUAAUUAAUCACAUUAUCCCUCGUUUAGAAAACGUGUUGGAGAAUGGCAUGCCGGACGUUGAAGAUGCUGUGAUACUUCCACACAACCUCCAGAAGCUUCCUUUGACACUUUGCCAUAUCGACAUUAAUCCUUUCAAUGUUAUCAUUGAUUCUACUCCUCCACGUAUCAAAGGUCUCAUCGAUUGGGAAGGUGUGACUCUCCUCCCAUACGGUAUCAAUGCCUACCAAAUCCGUCUCAUCGCCGUCGUCAACCGCAAGCGCGUGGAUUAUCCUGAAUCAGAAACGGCCCAGAACUCAAAGCUACUCAAAGCUGCUGUACUCGAUUCCAUGUCCAUCGGCUUAAUUCUUUCCCCCUAUUUCUUCGAGGGUACUGGCAUACCUAAAGAAGAGCAGGUCCAAAACGCUGUUGCGCGUCUGGAUUGGCUAGAGGAGAUAUAUCAGCCGCUUUGCACUUAG